AUGAUUAACAAAUUGGUCUUUUUCACAACUUUUUUUCUUAUUAAUUCUGCUGUUUUUGCUGAUCCAACAACAGAUGUUCAUAUAAACACCGAAACUGCUGAUGCUAUAAUACGAGGAUAUAAGCAUCCAUAUGGAACAUCAUUUCGCGGAAUUCGGUAUGCCCAACCACCAUUAGCUGGACAAAGGUUUAAAGAUGCAAUUCGGAAAGAUCCUUCUGGAACCAUUGAGGCUCUCGCUUAUGGAAAUAGAUGCGUACAAGGCGAUGGGUCAGGUACCUCUGAAGACUGUUUAUUUCUGAAUAUUUUUACACCAAAUAAUGCCACAUCGACAUCAAUGCUACCUGUGUAUGUUUACAUACACGGUGGCGGGUUUGUUGAAGGCUCGGGUAACAUGGGAGGAGAUAUUUAUCCAAAUCUUGUCAACAAAGGAAAUAUUGUGAUGGUCACUAUCAACUAUCGUUUAGGACCAUUUGGAUUUUUCACAACAAGAGAAGCAAUGGCUCCAGGAAAUUUUGCGGUAUCUGACUGGUUAGAAGCUCUUCGAUGGGUUCAAAAAUAUAUCCGUUUCUUUGGAGGUGAUCCGAAACGAGUCACAGUUGGAGGGCAAAGUUCAGGAGCUGAAGCAGUAUCUGUGCUAUCACUGACUCCAGAAGCAAAGGGUUUGUAUUCGCAGUUGAUUUUUGAAUCUGGAAGUGCGUUCGGGGCUGCAGUGAUGUCGUAUACUGAGAAGACACGAGAUACUAGUAAAGUUCUCAGUGUCAAAGCUGGCUGUACCACGGAGUCUCAAUGGAACAACGGCCAGUACUUCGGACCAAUUUUAAAUUGUAUGCGUUCUAUCUCAACAGAGAAAAUCAUUGAAAUGGAUAGAUCUUUACCAAACCAUAGAAUGAAAUGGUCCAUUGUCCAGGAUAAGAAGUAUCUGCCAAAACGGUUAGAAGCUCUAGCAAAAGCCAGACCAUCAAACAUUAAUGUUUUAAUGGGUGAUGUAAACCAGGAAUGGUUGGGAUGGGAAAUGAAUAGCGUUGAACACCAUAUGAACAGCACUCACAAUACAGGAACUCAACUCAAGACAGAUCUCGGAGACAGUUAUGAAAUGACAUAUUGGGAGAAUAAGGCGGCGGUACUAGUUGCUGCUGACAAUAAAUAUAUUAAUAACCAACCAUGGACCAAUGAUGAUCAUGCAAAUUGGCAAGCAAGACGUAUUCAGUUAUACAGUGAAAUGAUUUUCAUCAGCCCAGUUUUGAGAGAUGCUGGAUACUUUUACUCAGCAAAAAACACUGUAUACCUAUAUUCUCUUGAUUGGCUUAGUCCAAAGGCGUUCCCAAAUAUAACCGAUACCCGCUUCCGAGGAUGUCCACACAGUUGGGAGCUACAAUAUCUUUUCUCACAGCACUGCAAUGGUUUUACGUGUACUACUGACGACAACAAAUUAAGAGAUUAUUUUACUUCGGCUUGGUUGAAUUUCAUUAAAACUGGAAAUCCAACGCCAAAUUCGAAACUUCCAUUUAAGUGGACGAAAAUGGGAGAUAAACACGAAUUUCUGUCAUUCUCGCCAAAUCCAACAAUGAAAAAUGAUUAUCAUCCGGAUUCGAUGUUUUGGGCAUGUACUGCUCCAACAAUUGAUGGCUACAAACCGGAUUUCUGUUAA